AUGGAACGGUGCAUCUUUGCUGUGCUCAGGCUCCAACUUUCUUGUACACGUACUGAGGGACACGCUGCUCCAUUCUGUCAACAUGAUUUCUGGGAUGAGCUUGACAAGGAGGCGGUGGGUGUCGGUGCAACACUAUUUAACAUAGGCGGGUACAGGGAACUGGCAAGACAUGCAAGGUCCCUGCCGCCUCACCACCUGACCUCCCUCAGCCUCCUGCAGCUGCGGACAACCAUGCAGGCAAAAUCUUUGACAUCCACGUUCGUUCACAGCGACAAAGAGGGGCCCAAAGAGCAGCCCAUGCCUGCUGUCCAGGCUCCUGUAGCCAGGAGGGGCAAAUUAUGCCUGCGGAAGGCUGACACUCACAAUGGGGUCAUCCUGUGUUAUAGGUUGGAUCUCCUAGCUCUAAAUGAAGUCCCACCCUCCAUGAAUGUGUCGGAGAAGACAGCCCCUGCUGACCUUCUUCCAUUCUUCAACUACCUGGAUGUCCCAGUUCCUGGGUGGACAGAGAAGGAUGACUGGGAAGAAGCUGAGAAGACAAUGAUGGCUGUCUGCUCGCUGUGCGACUAUUACUACGGAGGUCUCACUGGCUCAGACAACCUUCGCAGGCAUGUCAACAACUAUCACCGUGAGGAGUACAUGAAGCACAUCGAGGAGAAAGGUUUCCCCAAUCAGCUGGUGAGCUAUAAGAACAUGUGA